AUGUAUGCAAAAUGUGGCGCCAUUGUUGAUGCAAUGAAGGUAUUCAAUGGAAUGGAGUUUCAUGAUCAAGUAUCAUGGACUUCAAUCAUAUCUGGGCUUUCACAAAAUGGACAGGGAAAAGAAGCCAUUUCUUUAUUCAAACAAAUGUUGAGAACACAAAUUAUUCCCAAUUGUUUCACUUAUGUUAGCGUUAUUAGCAGUUGUACAAAACAAGAAUCAGUAUCCAAAUGCAGUGAGUUGCUUCAUGCUCAUGUUAUAAAACUCGGGCAUGAAAACAACAAGUUUGUAAUAAGCUCUCUCAUUGAUAAUUAUUCAAAAUGUGGAAAGAUGGAUAAAGUUGUGAUGCUAUUUGAAGCAUGUAUAAUAAAAGAUUCUAUUCUUUUAAACUCUAUGAUCUCAGCAUACUCCCAUAACCUUUUAGGUGAAGAAGCUCUUAAACUUUUCAUGAAAAUGCAUAACGAAAACGUGAGUGUAAGCCAACAUUCUUUGACCAGUAUUUUGGAUGCUUGUGGGGCGUUGACUGUUCUCCAACAAGGAAAACAAAUCCACGCUUUGGUAACAAAAACGGGUUCAGAUCAAAACACUUUUGUAAUCGGUGCUUUGAUUAACAUGUACUCAAAAUGUGGUAACAUUAAUGAAGCUAGUCAUGUAUUUAAUCAAACAGUUCACAAGAACAACAUAUUAUGGACAUCGAUGAUGUCAGCAUACGCACAAAGUGGUAGAGGUCUAGAUGCUUUGGAAAUCUUUGAUCAUUUAGUAAUGGAAAAAGAAAUAGAUUUUACCCCAGAUCAUGUAUGUUUCACUGUUGUGUUGACUGCUUGUAAUCACUCAGGGCUUCUAGAAAAGGGUGUUGAGUAUUUUGAGAAGAUGAGAUCAUACAAUUUGGCUCCUGAGAUUGAUCAAUACGCGUGUUUGAUUGAUCUGUAUGCGAGAAAAGGUGAUCUUGAAAGUGCACGCAAGGUGUUUGAUGAAAUGCCAUUUGAAGGAAAUGCUGUGAUGUGGAGUUGUUUUUUGAGUUGUUGUAAAGAGUAUGGGAAUGUGGAGUUGGGGAGAGAGGCUGCUUAUAAGUUGUUUGAACUUGAACCAUGUAGUCCUGUGCCUUAUUUGAUUUUAGCAGAUAUAUGUGGUGCAGCUGGUUUAUGGAGUGAAGUUGGGAAUAUAAGGAAGAUGAUGAGUGAAAAUGGAGUGAGAAAAUGUGUUGCAGGGUGGAGUUGGGUUGAGGUGGAUAAUGAAGUUCAUGUUUUUUGUGUGGGGGAUUUGUCUCAUGUUCGAUCGGAUGAUAUUUAUUUAGAAUUAGAAAAGGUUAGUUUGGAGAUGAUGAGUGAAUGUAGCAAACAAUAUAACAUUUUGAUUAGUGAAUCUUGA